AUGUCAACAAAUUGGAAUAUUGUUGAUGAAAUUCGUUUAUUAAGAUGGGUUUCUGAAUUCAAACCAGCUGGAGUUCAUAAGCAUUUCCAAAUGAUGUGCAUAGUGGAGCGAUUGAACCAUCCGGAUAAAUACCCAUUAGUCUUACUACAAAAAGAAAAUAGACGACCUAAUAAACAGUUUACUGUGGAUACUGUUUGGGCUAAAUUGGCCCAAUAUUAUAAUUUGGAAGAGGCAGAUAAGAUAGAAAAUAGGAAUAAUACAGAGAUAAAUAAUGAGGCCAAUGGUAAAUCAAUUGAAGAAAACGGUACAACAGAAGAUCAACAUCAGUUGAAUCAAUUAUUACAACAUACAAGAGAUUUUGCAUUGCCAUGGAAUGAAUAUGGAGAACUUAUAUUAAGUAAUGCCAAAAAGGGUGCAAGUGACGAUGAUGAAACCGAUAAUCAACGAAAUAUUAAAGUUACAGAAGUAAAAGUAACAGCUAAGAAUGACAAGAAACCUGAAAAUGGAACCCAUGAAGAAACAAAGGAGAUAGUGACAGAGAAAACUGUUGCAACGGUUGUACCACAUGAAUCGCCCAAAGAGAAAGAAUCUUCCACCAUUGCUAAGGAGAUAAUUGAAAAGGUACCAUCAGUAGAAGCUCCUAUCGAAACUAUCAUUAAGGAAGUUAAAGAUAAUGAUAAAAAUGUGUCAAGCCCGCAAAUGGAAGAUAAAGAAAUAAAAAUACCAACGGAUACUCCUGUUGAAAUAAUGGUUGAGACACAGCCAAUAGGAGAAACAGUCUCAGCUGCUGAAGAAGUAAAUGAGGAAAAAAAAUCGUAUUUGCAACCUGUUAAGGUGCCUAUAGAAACAGAGGAGACACCGGAUAAAGAUAAAGACACUGAAGAAAGGGAAAAUGAGGAAAUACGAACAAUCGAGGAUGCAAAGACGAAGAAGAAGGAUAUUAACAAACAAGAACAAACUGUAGCUGAAAAGAGACAAACUAGAUCAUCCAGCACAAUACGAGUAUCAUCUCGUUUACGUGAAAAGGUAAUGAAAGGUACAAGUAGUGAUGAGGAUGAGGAUGAGGAUGAGGAUGGUAAAGAAGAAAAGAAAAUCACAGAAACUAAAACUGAUUCAGUUGAUAAUAAGAACGUUAUAGACACUACAACCACUACAAAAGACAAUACUGAAGAACCUAAUUCUGAAGAACCUAAUUCUGAAGAACCUAAAUCUGAAGAACCUAAAUCUGAAGAACCUAAAUCUGAAGAACCUAAAUCUGAAGAAGAUGAAGAAGGAGGAACAUCAGAAGACGAAGACGAAGACGAAGAAGACACAGGAGAGAACAGUACUUCUACAAAGAAAUCUACUAAAAAACGUAAAUCGGCUAUCAGUGAUGAGCCUAUGGCUAAACGUACCAGACACUCAUCAUCAGCUAGGCAACCAAUGAAUGAAGAAUCUCAUGAAGAAACAUCUCCCAAAAAAGCCAAACGUAAAGAUUCCUCGACAACAGAUGCACCUGAAAAGCCUUUAAGGGUCUCCAGGAGACUAAGAAGUCGGAAAUAA